GAUGGUCUGAGUCAGUUUUCCAGCAUCCGUCAACCGUUUCGAACGGAACUAGCACCAGCAGUCGUCGUUCGCGGUGUGGCAUAAGCUGCUGGGAAGUAGGUUGCUGCCUCUGACUGAACGGGUAGCACACAGCAGUCAACCCAGCAGGUUCUGGUGACUGAGUAGGCUUCGGGUAGUGUUUGACGCGUAGUGUUUUGGAUUUCUGUUUUUUUUUUUCGUUCUCUCAUAUCCGCGCAGACGGUUACGAACCGUGAGGAUUUAGUGUCAUGGCACGCUACGGUUGAUUGCCGCCGGUGGGGAUUAUGAGGCGCGACCGCGCGAAGCUUGCCACUGUUGUUAUUGUUGCUUGCUUGCGAUACACACAGGCAUAGUGGACGAAGGAUUGCGCCUAGGACGAGCUCGAUCUACGCUGGAUGCCAAAGCGUCCGCCCGCUCACGAUUUCGUUCGUUCGUUCGUUCCGUUUCGUUUCGUUGAUGAUGCUGAUGGUGAUGAAUAAAGCGAAAUGACGCAUAAAACGAUGGCAUGGAGAAAAAACCGUAGCGCACUUUAGCAUGGAUGACUGGAAGUGGGCAAUCGAAUGUGAAUGGAUGACGGUGGCAGGUGGCAAUCCUGAUGUUAAUCACUGUUCAACUUUUUGUUGCCCUGUUUGAACACGCGUGUGUACUGUGUGUGUGUGAAACUGGUUAAACAUUCAGCGUUUGAAGAAAAAGUUCAGGAAGAGUUAACCAAUUUCGGCGCCUUUUUUCAUAGAUUUCACUGAACCAUGAAAACGAGAAUUUGAUUGAAGUGCCGGGGUUAAAAACGGAACAUCAAAGGUUAUGAUGAUUUACCAGGUAAAGUGCAGUGCUUGGUUGGUAGUGUGAUGUGGUCCUGAAAUAAUUCGAUUACUCGAAACUGAACUUGAAUGCAAAUAGGGCAAAAGGUUUUUUUUGCAUACCGAUUCCAAACGAAUUCUCUGGUGUUCGCUCAAUAAAAGAGUAUAAAUGUCGUGCUUCCGGUUCUGGAUUUCAAAGUGAGUUUUUUGUCGCUUCGCCCGUACUCGGAUAUCCAGGAAGUUAGUGCUAUUUCGGGAGAAUACGGUGAAAGUGGUGUCGUUACAUGAAAAAAAAAACUACUGCACGAUUGAUAUGAACAAUGCCGCGUUGGUAGUUUUUGGGGUGGAAAAGUGACUGCGGGAGUAUGUGCGAGUGGGUGGGAAACAUUUUUUAAUUAAAAUUUUGAAGCGCAAUGGGUUGGACGGAUGUUUUAUUGGCUGGAGUUCUUCGUUUCCACGGCUGAGAGGAGAAAUCGUAGGAUGAACACUAGUGCUGCUCCUUGCCACCGCAAUAAAGAAACAAAAAAAACCUUCCGAAGACAACGGAGAUAGUUGCCCGGCUGAGCGAUCGGGUGCAAGGAUCAAAGUGUAAAAAAGCAUAAAUUUAAGAGAAAAUAUAACACCAUUUUCACCCCCUCGCGUUGCCAACGAAACCACGUGCCCCCGCAAGAGUGAAACAAAGAAAAAACCAGAACGAAGAAGAAAAAAAAAAUCAAGAAUAAUGUGUCAAUAAAGUGAGCAACGCCGUUUCUGUGUUAUAACCUCCAGCCGCCACCCAACACGGCACAAUCCAAGACAGCCUUUUAUCUUCUUCUGCUGUUUCUUCCUCCAACGGCUGGUGACAAUCGGCCCCCUCCUCACAACGGGAAGGGGUGGGCGAACAUCGAUGCAGCUCGCCUACUAAGCGCUAUUGUAUAGGCCAGGCAUCCGCUUGGGGUCUUGAUCUGUGCUGGUGUACGUGUGCGUGUGUGUUUCCUUUUUGGUUAUCAUUCGGGGUUCGGAACGUGUCCGGAAUUGUAAGAUGGUGAUCAACGGUAGCAGCCUUCGGACAGUUUGCCGGCUUGCCGUGCUGGCCGUGUUCGUCAAUGGAAACUCCGACUCCCGGAACGAGCAGGAGCCAAAGCCGAGCUUCGCCAGUCCAAUAGAAAACGUUACAGUUCCUAUCGGUAGAGAAGCGACGUUAAGUUGUGCUGUACAAAAUUUAGGUGCCUAUAAGGUUGGAUGGAUGCGAGCUUCCGAUCAGACCGUGCUAGCCCUGCAGGGCCGGGUUGUGACACACAAUUCACGCUACAGCGUGACCCAGGAGGAGUCGAACGUGUGGCGGCUCAAGAUUCGAAACGUGCGCGAAUCGGACCGCGGCUGCUACAUGUGUCAGAUCAACGCGACGCCACUGCAGAAACAAGUAGGCUGCGUCGAUGUGCAGUUGCCGCCGGACAUUUCGGAUGAGCAAUCGUCAUCGGAUACGACCAUCCGGGAGGGUGGCAAUGUGACGUUCUACUGCAAAGCUACCGGUCAUCCGACACCGAAGGUCACCUGGCGGCGGGACGAUGGCAGCCCGCUUUAUUUACACCGGAAUGAGACCGACGUGCGGAAAGUGGAUACCCAUAUCGGCAACUUUCUGAAUCUGUCGAGCGUGGAUAGAAGACAAAUGGGCGCCUACUUGUGCAUCGCAUCCAACGAGGUACCGCCGGCUGUCAGCAAGCGAGUCUAUCUGAACGUGCACUUCGCCCCAAACGUAACCACGGCCAAAACCCUGCUGGGUGUGUUCGAGGAAUCGGACAUCGAGCUGGACUGUGCCAUCGAGUCCUCCCCCCGUUCGGUCAACUACUGGACCAAGGUUUCUUCGCCGGGGAAUGCGGCGAAAAGUUUUGCCGGUCUGGGGGGUGGAUCGCCCGGAUCGGACGGGCGCAAUAGUCUCAUUCCGCUGGUUAGCCCCCGGCAGGAGGUGAUGCUGAACGGGGAUCGGUACGAAAUUCGCGAACAGUACAACUCGCACUAUUCCGGCCGGAUGAGUCUGCGGAUUCGACGGUUCGGCGCCAGUGAUGCCGGUAGCUACAUGUGCAUAUCAUCGAACGCCUUCGGCAAGGCGAAUAAAACCAUUAGAGUUUAUGAAAUCAAGCGUCCAACGACGACCACAACCACGACAACGACAACAUCGACUACAACUACGACGACGACCACGAGCACAACGACGGAGCAGCCAACUACGAUCCCAGUGCGGAGGACAACUUUGAUGAUGCAACGAAUCCCGGAGGCAACCCCACACGGACCCCCGUCCGACUUUAUCAUCGAGUACAUCACGAACUCACCGGCCUACGUGGAGUACGGAGCGAACGGGGAAACUUACAUCAACUAUCCCCAGCUGACGGCAUACAGCAAAUCUUCGCCGUCCAACCACGGACCAGGUGGAGCUGGAGGAGACGGAGGUGGUCACCAUCACCACGAUGGGGAUGCGUCCUCGUCCCGGUCGCUCCUGGUGCCGUCCAGGGAGCAGCGGCUGAUGACGAUUCUGGCACUGACGGCUCUGUCCUGUUUGUCGUUUUUUCGCUUCUUUCAGAUCUAUCUGCCCUGGAUAACGUUUUUUCUGCUGCUUCUGCUGAUCGGCCGGAAACCGAAGGAGAAGUGCUUCCCAGUGCUGACCGGGCAGCCGGUGUAGUGUAGUGGCCGCGUACGUGGAAGAGGGUAAAAGGUUUUUGCUGGAUGAAAGUUAGAAAGUGUUGAUACUUUUUUUUUUUGUUUUUCCUGUUUCUACCAUCUAAGUUUGUAGGAUUAUAUCAAUCAAGCAAAAAAAAAAUCUAUAUAGGAGAUAUUGUAGCACAACGGACACUUUCUCCGUCAUGGAGGAAGGGGAAAAUGAAAACACAAAUUUUAGUGAAAUUGUAUAUAAAAUCAAUAUUGCAAGCAUUACACAGUAAUUACACGAUGCAAAACUUUAUGACGAAUGUAUAAAGUGAAACAAUAGGAUUCAGUUAUGAAGGAAUAAAACAAAUACGUUUAAUA